AUCUCAAACGAUCCUGGAUUUGGAAACCCGCACUCUUCUGAAGUGAGAUCAGCAGUAACGGAUCCAUUCGGACAUAAAAAGCAAUCCAAUCGGUAAAAUCUCGUUAAUCCGAUCCUGCAAGGACUUUUAGUUUGUUAGCAUGCUGAAAAUGUUGGGUAGAGAAUGCGUAGUUCUUAUAAUCGAUAUAUGUUCUUGAUAGUUUGGAUUUAUUGAGAAUGCGACAUCCAAGUUCUCACAUGCUUCCUCUAUUGAUCGUUCGAAGAAUCCAGUUUUUUUCCCGCCAUUAUUCUUCAAGUCUGCACGUAGUUCCAAUUUCUCCCCAACUCUCCAAACUGACAAAGAAAUCAUGCAUCGAAUAUCUCCGGAACUGCAAAUCCAUGGAUCAACUCAAACAAAUUCAGAGUCAGAUCUUUCGAAUCGGUCUGGAUCGGGACAGGGACACCACCAACAAAUUGAUGGCAUUUUGUGCGGAUCCAUCUGUUGGAAACUUGCACUACACAGAGAGGAUGUUCGAUUACAUACAAGGUCCAUCUCUGUUUGUUUAUAAUGUGAUGGUUAAAGCGUAUGCCAAAAGGGGUAUUUUCAGAAAAGUCCUUUUGCUAUUUCAACGGUUGAGGGAAGAUGAGUUGUGGCCUGAUAAUUUUACUUACCCGUUUGUUCUAAAAGCCAUUGGUUGCUUAAGGGAUGCGAGGAAAGGUGAAAAGGUUCAUGGUUUUGUGGUGAAAACGGGAAUGGUUUGUGACACUUAUGUUUGUAAUUCACUUAUGGAUAUGUAUGCAGAAUUGGGCAAGGUUGGGAAUGCCAAGAAGCUGUUCGACGAAAUGCCGAGGAGAGAUUCUGUUUCUUGGAAUGUUUUGAUUUCUGGGUAUGUUAGGUGUAGGAGAUUUGAGGAUGCUGUUAAUGUAUUUAAGGAAAUGCAGCAAGAAAGCAAUGAGAAACCUGGUGAAGCUACUGUUGUUAGCACUCUUUCUGCCUGUACAGCUCUGAAAAAUCUGGCGCUGGGGGUGGAAAUUCACAACUAUGUUAGAAAGGAGCUUGGUUUUACCACUAUAAUUAAUAAUGCAUUGUUAGAUAUGUACGCAAAAUGUGGGUGUUUAGAUAUUGCCCGCAAGAUAUUUGAUGAAAUGCCAAUGAGAAAUGUGAUUUGUUGGACCAGCAUGAUUUCUAGCUAUAUUAACUGUGGUGAUUUAACAGAGGCUAGAGACUUGUUUGAUAGAAGUCCAGUUAGAGAUGUUGUUCUGUGGACAGCAAUGAUUAAUGGGUAUGUGCAGUUCAACCAUUUUGAUGAGGCUGUGGCCUUGUUUCGCGAAAUGCAAUUUCAAAAGGUAAAGCCAGAUAAGUUCACGGUAGUCGCUCUUCUUACGGGCUGUGCGCAGUUGGGAGCUCUAGAGCAAGGGAAAUGGAUUCAUGGAUAUCUAGUUGAGAACAGAAUAACAAUGGAUACUGUGGUUGGUACUGCACUCAUUGAAAUGUAUUCCAAAUGUGGAUGUGUGGAUAAAUCUUUAGAAAUUUUCUAUCAGUUGGAGGAGAAGGACACGACAUCGUGGACAUCAAUGAUUUGCGGUCUUGCCAUGAAUGGGGAGACCGGUGAAGCGCUUAAGCUGUUCACAGAAAUGGAACUCGAGGGAGCUAAACCUGAUGAUAUCACCUUCAUUGGUGUUCUAAGUGCCUGUAGUCAUGGUGGAUUGGUAGAGGAAGGACGUCGGUAUUUCGACUCGAUGAAAACGGUUUAUCGAAUUGAGCCAAAGGUAGAACACUAUGGGUGUGCUAUCGACCUCCUUGGUCGAGCGGGGCGGUUGGAUGAAGCGGAGGAACUGAUACGAGAGAUUCCCAGUGAAAAUGAUGCAAUUCUGAUUCCUCUCUAUGGUGCUUUGCUUAGUGCUUGCAGAAUCCAUAAUAAUGUUGACAUGGGUGAAAGAUUAGCCAAAAAACUAGUGAACAUAGAAUCAUGUGAUUCUAGCAUUCACACACUUCUUGCGAAUAUAUAUGCUUUUGCCCACAGGUGGGAAGAUGCAAAGGAAGUGAGAAGGAAAAUGAAAGAGCUUGGAGUUAAGAAGAUGCCUGGAUGUAGUUCGAUCGAGGUCGAUGGCAUCGUUCACGAGUUUCUUGUUGGGGAUCCAUCUCAUCCAGAAAUGAUGGAAAUAUGCUCCAUGUUGGAUAGCGUGGUUGGACCAUUACUGGGACCAAAGGAAUCCGAGCUUGAAAUUGUGAUACCACUUCACAUUGAUGGCACUGUUGUGUUGCAUCCAUUACAUGAGGCUGACAAAGUUUCUUGAUUAUCUUCUGUGGGGUUUCGAAUUUGCCAACGCACUCGGGAAACAGUUUUUUGAGGCGUUCGAUGUAAGCUUGACCAAACAUAUGACCUAUCGGGAGAUGUUGAGAGAUGAUUGAGGAGUUUCAAAUUUGCCAAUGCAGUUAGGGAACAGUUUUUUGAGUUGUUCAAUGUAGGCUUUGUUAGGAAUCACCGAUCUCCACAAUGGUAUGAUAUUGCCCACUUUGAGCAUAAGUUCUAAUGACUUUGCUUUGAGUUUCCUCAAAAGGCUUUAUACCAAUGGAGAUAUAUUUCUUGCUUAUAAACUCAUGAUCAUUCCCUAAAUUAACCAAUAUGGGGCUCUCUCCUAGCAAUCAUCAACAAGGCUUGACCAAAUAUAUGGCUUGUCGAGAGAUGAUCGAGGAGUUUCAAAUUUGCCAAUGCAGUUUGGGACCAGUUUUUUGAGAUGUCGAUGUAGGCUUUGUUAAGAAUCACCAAUCUCCACAAUGGUAUGAUAUUGUCCACUUUGAGCAUAAGCUCUAAUCGCUUAGCUUUGGGUUUCCCGAAAAGGCUUUAUACCAAUGGAGAUGUAUUCUUUGCUUAUAAACCCAUGAUCAUUUCCUAAAUUAACCCAUAUGGGACUCUCUCCCAACCAUCCUCAACAAGGUUUGACCAAACAUAUGGCUUAUCGAGAGAUGUCAAGAGAUGAUCAAGGAGUUUAAAAUUUGCCAAUGCAGUUUGGGAACAAUAUUUUUUAGGAGUUCGAUGUAGGCUUGACCAAACAUAUGGCCUGUCGAGAGAUGAUCGAGGAGUUUCAAAUUUGCCAGCACAGUCUGGAAACAACUUUUUGAGGAGUUUGAUGUAGGCUUGAACCAAACAUAUGGCUUGUCGAGAGAUGAUCGAGGAGUUUCUCCUCUAUCCUCCCGUUUGUUGCAAGGGAAGUUUUUUUUUUUUUUUUUUUUGUUUGUUUGUUUGUUUGUUUCCCACGAGAAAGAAUGUGCCAUUAUGUGGAGGCUUCAGGGAGAUAUAGGAAUACUACAAUUUGUGGAGGACUUGAAGUUAACUAAUGCCAGCUUGGUUGAAGUUUGAGGACUUCGCUCCAUUUCUUGUCUCAUUAGGCAGCGGACUAGUGAACAGUGAAGCCUUAUGGGAGAUGGGGGAGGGAUAUAGUAGAUUGUUCGAACAAUUUUCAAGA